AUGGAGGGGUCUAGUGAGCUACGGAUGGAUACUAAGUCCAAGGUCACCAGCCAACUCGUAGAUUUUCAGUGGAAGCUGGGUAUGGCUGUGAGCUCGGACAGCUGCAGAUCACAUAAGUAUCCUUAUGUUACAGUGAUGCUCAAGGUGGCAGAUCAUUCAGGCCAAGUAAAGAACAAGUCCUUUGAAAUGACAGUUCCACAGUGUCAAGAUUUCUACAGACAGUUCAAGUAA